UUGAGAUUGCAACAGUUACCUCCCUUCCCUACAUUCUUCUAGAUCUCUCUCUCUCUUUCUCUCUGUAUAUAUACAAAAUAUACGUAUAUUUUAAAAUUCUUUCUUGUUCGAUGAGGAAUGAAUUUGACUGGGUUUGUGUUUAAAUGGGUUUCUCUUCUUUUUAUUCGUAUAAUGUAUUAUGAUUCGUGGGUUUAUGUGCUGAUGAAGCUCCAUUUGUAUACAUAUAUAUACCUGUACAUAGAUAGAUAGAUAAAGAGGAGAUAGAGCCUGAAGUUCCAUUUUUUUGAUUAUCAAAACCAAGUCCUUCUGUCUGAAUUUUAAUUUCAAGUGCUGAAAAUAAUGAGCUCUUACCGGUCAAUUUCCGUGGAAAAGUACCCUAUUUUCACAAAACCCAUGACACCAUCUUUUCUAAAGAAGUCAUGGAUACCGCCUGUUGUCUGCACUACUCGCCGGCACAACGCCACACUCACCACCCUAAAACCCUAAACCCCAUAAUUGUAUCCCACGGCGGUCAGAAUAAGAACAAGAAUAAGAAGAAAGGGUUGUUUGAUGUGGGUAAUGAACAGAUGUUUGUUUUGUGUGGAUUUGGAUAUUGGGUACAAGGUUUUAGGUGCUUUCCAUGGCUGGCUCUCAACUUUCACAUGGCUCAUAACCUUAGCCUUCGUCCUUCAACAUUGCAGCUGGUUCAGCAUUCUGGUAAUCUUCCCAUGGUGGCCAAACCCCUCUAUGGUCUCCUCUCUGAUACUACUUACAUAGGUGGUGCUCAUAGAAUACCUUAUAUUUCCGUUGGAGUCCUUUUGCAGGUUCUAUCAUGGGGGCCAUUGGCUUUAAUCCCAGCAGCAGGCAAAGCCCUUCCUAGCCUUAUGGCUUGUGUUUUGCUUAGUAACAUGGGUGCAUCCAUUACAGAAGUUGCAAAGGAUGCUCUUGUAGCAGAGUAUGGCCAGAAACAUGGCAUCGGUGGCCUCCAGUCCUAUGCAUUCAUGGCUUUAGCAGUCGGUGGCAUUUUAGGGAACUUACUGGGUGGAUAUUGCUUACUUAAAACAGAACCAAGGACUAUGUUUCUCAUAUUUUCACUUAUGCUAUCUCUUCAGUUUGCAAUUUCAUUAUCAUCAAGAGAAGAGUCCCUUGGUUUAAGGUCAUCAGAAGAAAAUCCUGGAAGGAAAUUGAUUUCAGAAAGUGUAAGGAAACAGCUGUCUAGUCUUAUGCUGGCAAUUAAGGAGGACAGCAUCUUGCAACCUCUUACUUGGAUUGUUGCAUCCAUUGCCAUAGUCCCUAUUCUGUCAGGUUCAGUCUUCUGCUAUCAAACUCAGGGUCUUCACCUUGAUCCUUCUGUUUUCGGCAUGUCAAGAGUAAUUGGCCAGGUGAUUCUCCUUUGUAUGACUGUACUUUACGAUCGGUACUGGAAAAGACUCCCUAUGAGGAAACUGAUUGGUGCAGUGCAGGUUUUGUAUGCAUCCUCCCUCCUCCUUGAUCUUGUUCUGGUGAGGCAGAUCAAUGUUGGGCUAGGAAUUUCCAAUGAGCUCUUUGCACUCUGUUUUUCAGGUUUAGCAGAAACUCUAGCACAAUUUAAGCUACUUCCUUUUUCAACACUGUUGGCUAGUUUAUGUCCAAAGGGAUGUGAAGGAUCUCUCACCUCCUUUCUAGCAUCAGCCUUGUGUCUAUCAUCAGUUAUCAGUGGGUUUCUAGGUGUUGGAUUAGCUUCCCUGCUCGGAAUAACAUCUAGUGAUUUCUCAAGUUUGCCUGUGGGAAUAUUGAUACAGUUCCUUGCAGCUUUGGUGCCCUUAGUGUGGAUCCACCAUGUUCCCUGGUUUAAACCUGUAGUUGAGAAGGAGAGGAGGCAAGGUAUGAGUAGAAGAAGUAGAAGAAAUAGACGAGUUGGGAGAGUGGUGUUUGGUUCAGUUUAUGUUUACCGCAGAGAAAGAGAGUCUGAAGCACAGAGAUAGCGAGAGUUAUAUGAUUCCAUUGCAACAAUCUUUAAGUGGAGAUAGAGGUGUUGAAGGAGGAGAUGGUGGAAUCAUUUGAAAUUUGUUUUCUUUUCUUAAAACUAUCCAAACAUGAGCUCCAAAAGUUGGUGUCAGCCUUUGCAGAAUGCAGAUCAUUAGCAUCAGAUGAGGGAUGCUUUUGAUUUGAAUUUGGACAUCUCAACUACCUUCUGAACUUUUUUUUCUUAAAUGGCCUUUUAUGACACAUGCCCAGUACAGUGGUAAAGAUGGCCUUAACGCUUCGUCAAGCAAAGGAUGGAUAUUCUCCUAAUGGUGUUCGCCCUAAGCUAAGUUUUGGUGCAGAUUUGGCUGGUGUAGACCCUGAAAAUUGUCAUGUAUACUUGCAAUGUCUACGUAUCAGCAAAUCCGUAAAUGAUAAAGUGCUUGACGUUUAAGAAUACCAAAAAUAGAUUGUCAUUUCCUUUAAGUCAGAAA